GAAUGAGCGGAUUAUUCAGGUGAAGCUGCUGCAGAGGAACACAAGCUCCUCAGUCUGGUUCGUUUUCCAGGAGUCGCAGAGGAGAACCAUCAGAGGAGGAGAACCAUCAGAGGAGGAGAACCAUCAGAGAAGGAGAACCAUCAGAGGAACAUCAGAGCUGAGAAUGACUGACGUGCGGUUGGCUUCAGUUUCCACCGUCUCCAAGGUUACAAGCCUGUCACAAGGAUGCGGUUCCCACGGCAACGAGCCUCCAGCUUUCGUCCUUCCUCCCCGUAAUGCCCGGGUCACGCUGGGGGGAGAAGCUCGACUGGAGGGCAAGGUGCGCGGCCAUCCUGAGCCACAGGUCACAUGGUACAGAGAGGGAAGGGCCAUGAUUGGUGGAGAGCACUACAUCGUGGAACGGGGUGGGCGGGGCAACUUCAGCCUUUUGGUGAGAGGGGUCAUGGAGGAGGACCUGGGCAGUUACACCUGUCAGGCAACCAAUCAGGCGGGGAGCCGUCAGGUUACCGUGGAGAUCCUUCUGGAAGAGAAUUCUGGGAAGAAAUACGUCGUGCCGCCGUCCAUGAAAGCAGGGUGUCGCUCUGCAGCUCCUGCUGUGGAGAACAGGCCGAGCAUUUGGAGUGAGAGUCCCCCAAAGUUCAUCAACAAACCGAGCCGAGUGUUUGCCGAGCCGGGACAGAACGCCAAGUUCUCCGCCAAAACCACAGGACGCCCACAGCCCAGGGUCACCUGGCACAAGGGGGAGGCGGAGCUUCAGUCUGGUGGGCGGGUCAGCAUAUACGAGCGCUCAGGCCUUCACUUCCUGGAGAUAAAGGAUGUGAUUGUCCAGGAUGCAGGAAGUUACAAGUGUUUGAUCAGCAACGGCUCCGGAACAGCGACUGCCUGUGCCGAGCUUACCGUCCAGGGUGCUCCUGACGACUCGUCCAGGACCGGCCGGCCCACUGACGACCCACAGACCAGAACCAGGAGCCAGAAGGAGGGCAGAGCUGCUCCCAGCACCCAGCCCGAGGAGCAAGAGCCCAGACAGGCCCCCUCCUGGAGGAGCGAACCACCUGCACAGCUCCCUCUGCUGGCUGAGAGGAGAACUGCACCUGAUCAGGUCCGGUCCAUCGACGCUCCUGAUCCAGAUCAGACCUGCUCGGUCCAGCAGUCAGGACCCGGCUCAGAUAGCAGGCCGGUGAGGACGUCCAAGGCAGGUUCCAACCUGCGGUUCGAGGCCGUCCCCCUGGACCAGGAGGCCACAGAGGGAGCUCAGGUCACGUUCACCUGCCAAGUGUCCUCCUCUGCUGCCGGGGCCAUGGUCACCUGGCUGAAGGACGGGGGGCCCGUGAGGACGGGAUCAGGUCUGCGGCAGAGACGAGACGGCACCCGUCUCACUCUCACCGUGGAGAGAGUGAGACGGGUGGACCAGGGCGUGUACAGGUGUCAGCUGACCAACGCUGACAGGCUGACGGUGGACUCUGCAGCGUGGACGCUCCUCGUGCACAGCAGACAGAGAGGCGGGAGGUCAGAGGUCACAGAGGUCAGAGCUGCGUGUGAAGCUCCUCGCUUCAUUGGUCGCCUGAGCGAUCUGAAGGUGAUGGACGGCAGCAGAGUCACCAUGACGGUGGAGCUGAGCGGUCACCCUCCUCCAGAGCUGGUGUGGCUCCACGAUGGGCAGGAGGUGACCGAGUCAGAGGACUUCCAGCUCCUCAGAGAGGGAACCCGCUGCACUCUGCUGAUCCACGAGGUUUUCCCCGAGGACACCGGGACCUACAGCUGCCAGGCCUGGAACCAGUAUGGAGAGGACCAGACCCAGGCCCGGCUCACGGUGGAGGAGCCUCAGGACGGCGUCCAGCCCUGGUUCAUCACCAAGCCCAAAGAGGUGAGCGCUGCUGUUGGUCAGCAUGUUCUCCUGUCCUGUGCCAUCGCCGGAGAUCCGUUUCCCCAGUACACCUGGACCAGAACCGACCCGAGCCGAUCUCUGACCUCCGGAGGCGACUAUGAACUUCUGCAGAAAGAGGACGUCGUCUCCCUGCUCAUAAGACGAGUGAAGAAGGAACAUGGCGGAGAGUACCUGAUCAGCCUGAGGAACAGCGUGGGCGAGUGCAGCGCUGUGGCCACGCUGUCGGUCACCGAAAGACGAGAAAAGGACAGGAGAGGACGGGACGGCAGCAGCCUGGCAGCAGCAGCAGGAGGAGCAGGAGGAGGAGCAGCUGGUGGGAGCGUGGUGCUGAGAGGAGGUGGCAAAGGAGGAGGAGGCGUGGAGCAGAGAAGCAGCAGCAGUGGUGUCAGUCGGCAGUGGCAGGAGGCCAACGAGGAGCAGAAGGAGAACCGGCAGCUCCCGCACCUGCACAGGGAAGAGAAGAAGAAAAAAGAGGAGGACCAGACCACUGCUCCCAGAGGCCUCCUCAAACGCUGUGUGGAAACCAGGGAGCGGGGUGAAGAGGAGCUGCGGCAGAGGGAGGCGCAGCAGCUGGACUUCCGCUCGCUGCUUGGACGCCGAGCCGUUCAAGGCAAAAACAUCCAAGAGGGAGACGAGCAGAGGGAGGCCGGCCCCGCCACCGCCACCACCGAGCACAACCAGCGCCACCACAUGGAUUUUAAGGCCAACCUCAAGGGUGUCAAACCCAAGAGCGAGGAGAAGGUGAACUCCCCAUCGCAGGUCGACUUCCGUAGCGUGCUGGGGAAGAAGGGCGCCACAAGCAGCAACAGCAGCAAGGCCGCAGAGACGCCCACGAAGAACGCCGGCGACUUCCGCUCUGUCCUCGCCAACAAGAAGAACCCGACGGGCCCCGAGAAGAAUGGGGAGAAGGCGGAGGUGAACAACUGCAUGGAUGGAGGGAUUAAUGAGAAGAAGAGCACCGGAGGAGGAGGAGGUGCGGCGCCGGAGUUUGUAGAGAAGCUGAGCGACAUGACGGUGCUGGACGGUCAGCGGCUCCGGCUGCAGUGCCGCCUCGCCACCGCUUCUGAUGUCACUGUCACCUGGACGCUGGACGGGAAGGUCAUCAAGGCGUCCAAAUUCAUCAUCCUCGCAAACGAAGGCGGCCUGUGCUCUCUGACCAUAGACAAAGCCCUGCCAGAGGAUGAAGGCCAGUAUAAAUGCAGAGCCGAGAACUCGGCAGGCAAAGCCGAGUGUUCCUGCACGGUUCUGGUAGACGACCCGGCUGAAAACUCUCCGGCCGACAAGAAGUCCAAGAAGGCGACUCCAACCUCAGAGAGUGAAGCCAGAAUAAAGAAGCCAACUCCAAAGACUCCGCCCAAACAAGCUCUGCCUCCUCAGAUCCUGCAGUUCCCUGAGGACAUGAAGAUUCUGGCGGGGGAGAAAGUGGAGAUCCUUUGCAAGUUUUCUGGAGCUCCGCCCAUCACCUGCACCUGGCUGAAGUUCAGGAAACCGAUCCAGGAGGGGUCAGAUGACAUCUCCAUCGAGAGUAACGACAGCAGCAGCAGGCUGACCAUCGGCAGCGGGCAGCAGGAACACUGUGGCUGCUACACCAUCGAGCUGAAGAACAGCUACGGCCUCAGGCAGGCCGCCCUCAACCUCACCAUCGUCGAUAAACCCGACCCCCCAGCAAAGGUUCCUGCAGCCUCAGACAUCCGUCGGUCCUGCCUGACGCUGUCGUGGUACGGGCCGACCUACGAUGGAGGUAGCGCCGUGCAGUCCUAUAAACUGGAGAUCUGGGACUCCGUGGAGCAGCAGUGGAAACACCUGGUGUCCUGCAAUAGCACCUCCUACAACGUACAGAACCUCCUCCCAGAUCGGCAGUACAAGUUUCGUGUCCGGGCAGAGAACAUCUAUGGAGUCGGAGAGCCGAGCGCCGAAUCCGAACCUGUGACUGUCGGACUGGUGGACACUGAUGAAAACCAAGAGGAGCCAGAGGAGGAGGAUGAAGACUCAGAGAAAGAGCCGGAGUACAGAGAUGUGACCAUCAGAACAGACAUAAAGGUGAAGGACCUGUACGACGUGGAGGAGAGGCUGGGAACGGGGAAGUUCGGUCAGGUCUUCAAGCUGGUGGAGAAGUCUACAAAGAAGGUUUGGGCCGGAAAGUUCAUCAAAGCCUACUCUGCAAAGGAGAAGGACAACGUCCGGCAGGAGAUCGGCAUCAUGAACAGCCUCCAUCACCCCAAACUGGUCCAGUGUGUCGACGCCUUCGAGGGCAAGUCCGACAUCGUCAUGGUGCUGGAGAUGAUCUCAGGCGGGGAGCUGUUUGAGCGGAUCAUCGAUGAAGACUUUGAGCUGACGGAGAGAGAGGUGAUCAAAUACAUGCUGCAGAUCAUUGAUGGGGUCAACUUCAUCCACAAACAGGGCAUCGUGCACCUCGACCUCAAACCAGAGAACAUCAUGUGCAUCAACAAGACUGGCAGCAAAAUCAAACUCAUUGACUUCGGCCUCGCCAGACGGCUAGAAAACGCAGGAACUCUGAAGGUUUUGUUCGGGACUCCAGAGUUUGUGGCUCCAGAGGUCAUCAACUACGAACCCAUCAGCUAUCCCACCGACAUGUGGAGCAUAGGAGUCAUCUGUUAUAUACUGCUGAGCGGUCUGUCUCCCUUUAUGGGCGACAAUGACAACGAGACUCUGUCCAAUGUGACCUCAGCCACCUGGGACUUUGAGGACGAAGCCUUCGAUGAAAUUUCUGACAAUGCCAAAGACUUCAUUACCAAACUGCUGAAAAAAGACAUGAAGGCUCGGCUGUCCUGCGCGCAGUGUUUCGAACACCCCUGGCUGAAACAGGACACGAACACCAUGAAGGCCAAGAAGCUCUCCAAGGAGAGGAUGAAGAAGUACAUCCUGAGGAGGAAGUGGCAGAAAACGGGUCACGCUGUUCGAGCCAUCGGCAGAUUGUCAUCCAUGGCCAUGAUGGCUGGAGUCAGCGCCAAGAAAGGCUCCCCCACUGAAGAGGAUAACCAGUUCCUGGAGUGUUUAGAGUACGAGCAGAAAACCGAGUGUAAGCCGACGUUCAGCACUGUCAUCAAAGAUGUGGAGGUGGUGGAGGGCAGCGCUGCUCGCUUUGACUGCAAGAUAGAAGGUUAUCCUGAUCCAGAGGUGGUGUGGUACAAAGACGACCAGCCCAUCAAAGAGACCCGACACUUCCAGAUCGACUACGAUGAGGAAGGAAACUGCAGCCUAGUCAUUUCAGAGGUCUCAGGAGACGAUGAUGCCAAGUACACAGUGAAGGCCGUUAACAGUCUGGGGGAGGCGACCUGCACAGCCGAGCUGCUGGUGGAGGUGAUGGCUGGAGAGGAGGAGGAGGAAGAAGAGGAGGAGUAAUGGAGCGACUGUCUGGACUCCCACAGGGAGAGGAGGAGGCAACAAUGAGCAACAAUCUCUCCCACUCAACCUGUUGGACCUGAGCAGGAAACUUACCCACAGAGAAGGUUCUGAUUGGAGGACAGGUGGGGAAUAUUUGCCACACCUGUCCUCACAUGCAGAAGGUUUCGUGUUUGGUUUUUAGUGAGCAGGGCAGCACUUAGGUUUGAAGCACUGAGCAUGUGCAGAGCUGCAGCCAGGUUAGAUUUUUAAUGAGGCUUUGUUGUGUUUCUGUUUUUUUAGUAAUGAGUCGUGAUCUUAACGUUUCAGCCUCCUGAGAUCAUUGGAGUAAAUGGAUGAAGUGAUUUAAUGUCCUGAGCGUUAAAAAUAUCUAACGAUAAAUAAUCAGCGUGGUUCUUUCGCUGCACGUGUUUCUGAUGUCACAUUAUAUAUUUUUAUCGGGCUCAGGAUGUUAAAUCUGUGUGGGUGUGGCUUAUUGAUCCGUGUGGGGAACCAUAUAAGAACUUUGUGGUAAACACUCACUGAAUGUUGAUACUUUUCAAACUGCCCACUUCAGCCUCGCACCACAUUGUGCUAAACCACACCUCCUUCAGACAGGCAGAACACAGGCUCCGCCCUCUCAGCAUACAUGGACUCAUGCCUGUGAUUUCCUGUCUGCUCUGAGAAAUGAUUUCAUGUUUGAUGAUUGCCACACACACACACACACACAGUGGUGGUUUCUUGCUGUUCGACAGGCAGAAACAUGAUGCUCGCUGCCACACAGCAGCUGUGUCACUGCAACACUCUGCCAGUGACGUUUGCUACAAUUAUUCACAGUUUCCUAAAUAAUUUGUGAGAAUACGGCCAGAAAGCCUGGACUGUGUUUCAGCUCUGUUUGACACAAACGUCGACCAAGAGUGCGUUCUAAUCCCCGUCCUUAUAAACACGCUUAUAUUUUAAAGACUCGUGGCAGCUCUAGUUCCUGCAGCUCAACCAUGAGGUCGUGCAUGUGAGACCCACUCCCUGUGGGAGUCCAAGGGAGGGAGAAGAUGAGGCAGUUGAUGGAGAGCAGGAAGGCGGAGAUGAGCCGAAUACUCACAGAGCUGCAGCACAGUGGAGGGCGAACUGUGAAUAAAAGCUGCUGGUGCAUGACAGCUGAAAGCAAGAAGUCAUUUAUCGUGUUGGUGCUGAAGCUGAAGCCAAAAUGAUACUGAUCAAUCAUCCGUGUUAAAGAGGACCUCCUCGGUUUUUCCUGCCACCGACGCGCUGUCAGGGUUUGUGACCAGCAGGCGUGUAAAAACACUUCAGCGUGCUCUGGUUCACAAACCAAUGUCCUUUUUUUCUGCCGCCACACUGAGCUGAUCUCAUCACUCAUUUCAAUACACAGCUGCCCCUCUGCAGGCUUCCAGACGUUAGCCAAUCAGAAGUGCUUUUAAGGAGGGAGGCCUUAAAGAAACAGCAGGUGACAGAGCUGCGCCGCAGCCCAGUGUAAGCUAAAGAAGGAUUAUUAUGAACUGUGAGUCUUGCAGAUCAUACAGAGCUGGGAACGAGUAGAAAAGGUCCACUUUUUCAUACUUAAUUGGAGCUCAGUAAACACUUUGCCCCACAGGAUUUCUGGGUAAUGAAGUCCUUCAGUUGUGUCAUUAGAUGCCUCUGACGUGAGCAGCUCUGUGAGUAAGAGGCUGAGGAUGCCGAUGCGUUCAGCUGGGAAACGCUGAAUCUGUCAGCUCGGCUCUUUUCUUCUGUUUGAGCACUUUUCUUUCUUCUCUAUUUGCGACUUUGACAGCCGGCUUCAACAAAAGACAUCAGGGGGCUCAAAUCGACUCGGCCUUACACUGUGAGCCUCAGAGCCUCGUCACUCUGAACAGCAGCCGGAGUGAUUUUUUUAUCUGCUGACGUCUGUCAUACCGAGGGACAAAACAUGCUGCGAGCUUCGGCGAGCUGAGAGGAUUUUACCUCGGUGUCGACCAAUGAAAGCAACAUUUAGUCCCACAGAUGAGAGAAGAUCGAACCAUAAGUUCAACAGUAAUCUGAUUUUUUACAAUUUAAGAUUUGAGCCUUUUUUCAUGAGCUGCAGAUAUAAUCGUACUUAUCUCACUAUGUCACAAUAAAACAUUUUAUCCUGUAAAUGUUCAUAUUUUUGCCUGAAUGCAGGAUUUUGGACCAGAUGCAUCUCCACGCAUUGUAAGCUCAGCCAAACUGAGAUUAUAUAAAUAUUUCUACAAAUUUGUUGUUUCCAUCUGCAACAGUUGAAGAUCUCUACACUCAUAAAGUAUUCUGAUUAGUAACAUAAUGAAAGAGUCCACAUCAGAGACGCCUUAAAGAUGGAAAUAUCUUUCCGACCUGCCGAGGCUUGAUUGUGCAGCACAGUCCUGACAGCAGCCAGCAGAUAAACGCGCGUGAGCACGCGGCGCCGUCUCCGGCUGAUCUUCGUGCCUCUGCGUCAAAGUCGUGACUUUUGUUGCACAUUCCAGCUGUUUGCUUGUUGGUGAAUCCACUUCUUUAAGCUUUACGGCCUCGUUAAGUUUCAGUCUGAAACCAAAGACGUGUUUUGAAAAGUCACCGGUGUGUUUGUGUGUGAUUUUGUCUCGAUGAUGUUUUGACCUGUUCGUGUGUUUGGUGGUUUGUUUCCAGAAUGUUUUAUUUUUAGAUUAUUUAAUGCACAGAUUUGUUAUUAUUAUCUUUCGAGCAUCUGUCUUCUUAAAGGUGUCGCCUGCACUUAAUGUUGUUCACGGUUAUUAAACCCUCCUCACCUCAGACCAGCAGUGACUUCACUCUUAGGCUGAUUGUUUUUGUAUUAGAUGUAUGUAGAUUAUAUUUCUCUAAUUUUUAUAAAUAUAUAUCAGUUUGAUGAACUGCAGAUGACAUGUAUGAGAACACUACGACUGUAGUUACUCACAGAUACCAAAUAAAUCUUUAUCACAAAA